AUUAUUUGAUGUCAAUGAGCUAGUGUGACAAUGUGAAUGUAUAUGCCACUGUGUUUGUUUGAGAAGGUGUUAUUGAUUGUACCAAUGUGUCAAGAGUGAUAAUGUGAAAUGAAUGUGCUUACUUGUUAAAGUGACAAUGUGAAAGCAAUAAAAGAGACUGAGAAUGAUAUCUCGGGUGUACUUUAUCACCCCAGUGAAAUGAAAUGCAAUGAAAUCGUAUUGAAUGAUUGAAUGUCAAUGUGUGUUUGUUGCUCGAGUGACUAAUGCUGCUCGAAAACUGGGCCCAUUGCCUUGUUUUGUGCAAAGCCUAGCAUGCCGGUAUUGGGCUUGGAUGUUAAUGUUAGCCGCCUCGGUCAGUGAAUGUGGUACUCAUGAGUAUCUAGUGGUGGCGCUAGUGUUGGCCACAGGGGAUAUAAGGUUUCUAAUGGUGGCGCUAAUGUUGGCCACAAACGUUAAUGAAAUGUCAAUGUCAAUGGCAGCAAUGCCAACGUCAAUGACAGUUGACCUCUGGUUUGGCAUUUUCGCUUAUAUGCCACAUAGGUGUUUAGCAGCCCUCACUGUGUCCAUGUAUCCUUCCUUGUUUGAAUGAUGGCCCUGGCCGGGUCAGUGAUUGUUCUUUCAACUUAUGAUUAUAAUGUAUCGUUUAAUGCUUAAUGAAAUUGUGUAUUGAAUGCUACUGUUGAGAUGAUUGUGUGUAUAAUGUUCUUUAAUGAAAUUGUGUAUGGAAUGCUACUGCUGAGAUGAUUGUGAACCACUGAACCUUUCUUUGAGCUUACAUGAUGAGGAUAAAGUUCAGUUUCAUAUUUUCGUUUGAAUUACUUCCUUGAAUCUAAAUGAUGAUAAUGCCCUAUUAAACAUGGAACUCUGUUAUGAUCGUUUCUUUUGAAAUGCUUACGAGCAUUUGAAUAUGUGAAAAUUGCAUAUGUAUAGUUCAAUAGAUUAGGAUAGAGAGGACCUCACUGAGCGCUAGCUCAUCCCUCUAUAUUUUACCUUCACCGUCCCAGGUUUAAUAGGAGAGCAUGACAGCGAAUUGAACACGAAGAUAGAGUAUGGUGUUCACCAUGUGUAUUGUCUAAGUUUAGGCCUUUGCAAAUUAUGAACUGAUGCAUUCUCAGUUAGAGUUUUGCAAACUGAUGUAUAGUUUUUGCCAAAGGCCCUUUUGUAAGGAGUGUAGCUAUUGUGUAAACGUUAAUAGUUAAUAAUAAGUUAUUUAUAAUUUAUUUCUGUUCCAUGAUGCCUUGAGCGAGAGAUCGCUCGGCGGGCGGCCCUUAAGAAUUUUAAGUUCGCUUUAAUUUGAGCUUAAAAUUCGGGGCCGUCACAGGCAGAGUUCUUUCGAGCAGGUUCGGACACCGAAAAUAAUUCGAACUGUUAGAUUUUGUUCUUUCUUUCUUUUGUUUAAUUCCCAAUUGAUUUUCAAUUCUAUUUUUAGGUUUAAUCUUUGUGAUCUUGAUAUUAGGCAUGGAAGUUUUCAUCCUAAUUCGGAGUAGCUUCAUAUUUGGAAUCAUAUUGAUGUUCAGUGUUAGCCAGGGUCUUGAAAAUUUCGUUGCGAAACCCUACUUUGAAGAUCAUGAAAUUCUUAAUGAUUUAGAAUUUGGGAGAUUUUUGGAUAGCAAGGUUCAACUCAGCUCAUGCCAAAUGUUGUCAACUAAACUUAAUGAUGAGCCAAAAAUGAUAGCUUCACACAGGAAUCUAAUUGGUGAAGGUUCGCACCGUCGUCUAGUGACAUCAAUUACAUUAGAAUUCGAACCAUCUGUGCACUCUUUUGCAGUGGUUGUUAUUGAGAGACUCCCCUCUGGAGUUUUUGCAGAUCCAUUUGAGUUGCAACGUCUCGUCCUCCGAGGAGUAUUGAAGGAUGCAGCUGUAUUUGGUGACACCAAUCUGGAAUUACCUUCAUUUCGAUCAAAUAGAUCACUAGUUGAGGUACAUGUUGGGAUAAGUCCAGAAUUGCAUUCAGGAGUUCAUUUCCAGAAGGAAGUCAAAAUUGAACUUCCGUUGCAUGCACGCUAUCAGCCCUUAGGCCAUGGCUUUUCAGUAGUUGAAUUUGGCAAACCCGAUGUAUUGUUGCGCUACAGAGUGGAAGAAAAUUUGCUUAACAGGAGCUGUUUAGUUGUUCCCACUAAUCAAAGUGUCCAGUCUGAAGAUGGGCGUAUAGAUUGGGAAGUGCCUUGUGGUAACAAGGAACACACACAGAUUGUUGCAGUUGUUACAUUUGCUUCAGCUGUUUUGUCGGCUUUUCUCAUUAUCUUGACCUCUGUUUCUUAUUCAAACUUUGCUAUUGCGUCUGACUUGAAACAGUCCUAGUAUGUUGAGCUGAUCAUUUUUUGUCCGGGGACAUCCAGUUAGGUUAAGUCUGAGUAUGCCCCGAAUAGUUUGGGCAUGUGCCUGUUUUUAGUGUAGGCUUCCCCCAUUUGAUUAGCCUAAGCUUCAUAUGGGGCUCAUCUGUUUCCCACUUGAAAGAUAUAGAGAGAUGAAGAGUUGCACAGUUGCAGUUACUUCAAUAGUUUAACACAAGUAUUGUUUGGUCUUACAUACAUUUUGCAAAUUGGGCUAGCGAUUGAGCUAAAAAGCCGAAAACAUUAAAGUGACGAUUAAUCCAAUAACAUUUAAAAUCAAUUUAAUUCACAUUGUUGAUCGCCAGAGAAGAGUAGCCUACUGCAAGUACAUUAUACCUUUGGACGGACAGAGCUAAUGACUGGACAGUUCACAAUUAAAUUGGGCAAUAUUACAGUCUUGGACUCUUGGCAGCAAAAAUAUUUUCUCCAGCGCACACAGGAUCAUCACACUUCACUGCAUCAGGCGUCGUUUAUCUCUUGCGAUAACGUUUGGCUCUUUUUAAUUGUUUCUGGUUUCUAUUUGUCUUGUUCUUCAGUUCCAUGAUCUUAUAGUGGUCCCAAAGUCGACCAAUUUACUAAUCAAAUUAACUCGGGACCCGUCGUCAGAUUAUUAACUUAUAUCUCGUUAUCGAUGUCAUGACGCAACUAGAUAAUUAUACUUUGAUACAAAUAUCAAAACCAAUGUAAGUUAUUUUUUUGAUACAAACGGAGUAUUUCCUCCAAUUCUUAAU